AUGGAUCACCACAUAGGUAAUCACUGUAGGGAUAAGUAUCACCACAAAGGGAUAAUUGUAGGGAUAAGGGAUCACAACAUUUUUUUUUACAUUUUACAUUUUUAGUCAUUUAGCAGACGCUCUUAUCCAGAGCGACUUACAGUUAGUGAGUGCAUACCAGGGCCGGCCCAAGCGAUCGUAUAUGCCUAGGGCCGGCCCUGGCACUAUAUAAGGAAUAGGUGCCAUUUGGGACUCAUGUUAAACUUAGGGUCAGGUCAAUUUAGGACGGGAAUUAUUGCACUUUAUUGACAAAUAACAUGCCUUGCUCAGUUGAAAUGAGUAUAGAAUCUUUGAGAUCCAAUUGGGGGUUCUGUUCUUAAUUCCCUGUGUCCAUUGCAUAUAAGUUGAUACCUGAUCCCCUAAGUUGAAUGUGAACUCUGCUUCUUCUCCCCUCCCAGUCAUCCCUAGACACAUAGUGAUAACAACCCACAUCACCCGGGCCGAGAGAGAGAGGGAGAAGAGGAAGGAGCUCCUGAAGGAUGAGGAGAUAAGGAAGAAGCUGGAGGAUUAUAAUAAGCAGUGGAGAGCCCAGUCCCUGCUUAGAAAACAACAAAAACGUAAAGAGGAGAGGGAGAGGAUGAAGGAACAGUCCCUAAAUGAAAAGCAGGAGAAAUGGCUGGAGCAGAUGAAUCUGGAGGCUGAUGCUCUAAUCAAGAAGUGCAGCACCCAGUACAUCACCCGCUGUCCAACCAAGAGCCCGUUGGAUCUGGAGAAGGCCAGCAGGAGAGGCCAAGGAAGCAACAGGCAUGGGCAGAGAACCAGCAGGGGGGGAGCAGAGAACCAGCAGGGGGGGCCAGAGAACCAGCAGGGGGGGGCAGAGAGCCAGCAGGGGGGGGCCAGAGAGCCAGCAGGGGUGGCAGAGAGACAGCAGAUAGAGGCUCAAGAAGAGGCUGAGACAGCAGAGCCAAAGUGCAAGAAAAAGAAAACUCCAGGCAUCUGGAAGAGAAUUAAGAUGGGGUAA